AUGCGAGAAGCGACGCCUGGUACUCUAGAAUGGGAGAAUCGACAAAAUUGGAUUUGGUGGAAAGGGUGGAGGGCGGAUCUAAAGAUAAUAGCGGAGAGAAAGGCGGAGAGAAUGAAGAGAAGAUAUACGUUCCUGGAAAGUCUGGGAGAGCCGGUGAAAAUUGAUCCUGGGUUUCCAAAACCGUUCGCACCAUUGGAAGAUGGGCAUAUUUCGACCGAAUGCCAUGAUAUUAGUGGUCGAUUGAUGAGAUUUCAUCGGUGGAGUGUGGCAGGUGGCGGGUGGUGGGCGGAAGUUGGUGCAAGCAGGGAGUAG